AUGGAUGCUACUAAGGAGGUGCCCAUUGCUGGCAAUGAGGGAGAUAUUGCUGCUGCUGCUGCUGCUGCUGACAUUGAUCUCAACCUUGAGGAUUUUGUGGACAUGGAGAUCAAUGGAAGUGAAGCUGAACUUGAUGCUGAUGCUGAAAAUGAGGAUGGGGCUGGCUCUGACGAGGGCGUUUCCAAUGAGACUGAGGACAUCGCUGCGCGUCAGGUGGGAGGGGGGGAGACUGGGCACGAGGCGGAGGGAAUCGAGCUGGAGGAGACGGGGCAGCAGGAACGAGAGGAUGUUGCCGCUGGGGAAGCUCGGAAGGGGGUAGAUCGAGAGACUGCAACUGUGACUGCGGAGGAGGCACAAGGAGUGCCUCUACAUACGACGCGGGCGGAGGAGGAGCCGGGGGAAGAGACGGUGCGGGGGGCGGAGGCAGCGGCGGGGCAGAUGGCAAAAGAGGCGACGGUUGGAUGA